CCUGUGCUACAGCUUCCAAACAAGACAUUGUUUUCUGUCAUGGAAUUGACCAAAAUGUCAGAUAUGACAAAGCUCCACCAAGCUGUGGCUGCAGGGGACUGCAAGUCAGUGAAAAAGAUUUUGAAGAAAGGUUUCUGCGACCCAAACUACAAGGACGUGGACUGGAAUGACCGGACUCCACUUCAUUGGGCUGCAAUCAAGGGGCAUAUGGAGGUCAUGCACCUCCUCAUAGAAUAUGGAGCUAGGCCCUGCCUGGUAACUGAUGUGGGCUGGACCCCGGCUCAUUUUGCAGCAGAGUCAGGCCAUCUGAAUGUGCUCAGAACUCUCCAUGCGCUGCACGCCGCCAUUGAUGCCCCUGACUUCUUUGGAGACACACCAAAGAGGAUUGCACAGAUCUACGGGCAGAAAGCCUGUGUGGCAUUCCUGGAAAAGGCAGAGCCAGAGUGCAGGGAUCAUCGACUCACUGCCCAGAAGAAGGGGCUGCUGCUGGAUCAGCAGGAUGAAGACUGGGAUACCAAGAAAAGGGAGCUGGAGCUGUCUCUUCCUUCUUCGAAUCAAAGUUCUAAUAAGAAAAAGAACAAGAAAAGUCGAGGCCCCACCAGGUUUAGUAAUACCAAGGAGAGAAGAAAGUGA